GUAACUAAGCGUACACAUGUACUAUAUCUUUCUUAGUAGACCCCGGUCUUACCUGCUGUAGGUUGUCAUGAAGGUGGACAGAAUUGAGACAAUUCACGUCCUUCCCCGUUGGUUAUUUCUAAAGGUCCACACCGACGUCGGCAUUGUCGGACUGGGUGAAGCCACAUUGGAGGGAAGAUCUCUGACAGUCGAGACGGCUGUUAAAGAAAUUGAACGGUAUCUUGUCGGAAAGAAUCCUCUUGAGAUUGAAAAGCAUUGGCAGACAAUCUACAGAGGAACGUUUUACCGCAACGGUCCCGUACUUAGCAGUGCUUUGUCUGGAGUUGAACAAGCCCUCUGGGAUAUUCUUGGCAAACACCUUAAUGUGCCUGUUUACCAGCUCCUUGGGGGCAAAGUGCGGGACAAAAUCAGAAUGUACGGGUGGGUAUCUGGAGAGAAGACAGGGUCAUAUGUCGAAGAUUUUAAAGCAAGUGUCGCGGAUGGCAAGUUUACUGCGUACAAGACAUGUCCAGUACCAGCAUGUCAAGCUAUUGAGUCUCCAGCAGUUAUGAAACAGGUGGUCGAUAACGUUCGAGCAUUACGUGAAGCAGCGAAAUCACAUGUCGAUAUAGGAGUUGAUUUCCAUGGCCGCUGUACACCUGCUCUGUCCAAAAGGCUCUGCAAAAAACUAGAGCAGUUUGAUCUCAUGUUUGUUGAGGAACCGGUCCUUCCUGGUGAUGUAGAUGCCAUGAAAGACAUCAGUAGAAGCACAUCCAUCCCUAUUGCUGCUGGUGAAAGGCUCUUCACAAGAUGGCAGUUCCAAGAACUGAUUGAAAAACAAGCUGUUGCUAUUAUACAACCAGACGUUUCACAUUGUGGUGGAAUUAUGGAGUGUCGAAAGAUUGCUGCCAUGGCAGAAGCCAGAAACAUUGCUUUGGCUCCUCACUGUCCACUUGGUCCCAUUGCGUUGGCAUCUGCAAUUCAAGUAGAUGCGUGCACGCCCAAUUUUCUUUGUCAAGAACAGCUGACGUUAGGUGAAGGUUAUUUGAAGAAACCAUUUGUGGUCCAAGACGGGUACGUACAGGUACCAGACGGUCCAGGACUUGGUAUAGAGCUAAACGAACAGUACAUAGACACCAAGUGCUUUGCAGGUGACUGGGAGACACCUCUGUUUCACCUUCCCGAUGGCUCUCUCACAGAAUGGUAGAGGACUGAAAAAGAUAAACGUACAGCGUACUGAACUACCACCAAGACCCUCAUUGUUCGUUUUGCAAUAAACCCGACAGAAACG